AGAUCCAUAUAUCUUCUUUUAACCCUUAAAACAUUGAAAACAAGAAUUCUCCUACACAUGUACCGGUAGUUGGAAAUGCCGACCCAAAAGGACCAAAACUCACAAUCAUCUCUAGCGAUAGAGCUUAUCAAGAAACUACUCCACCAUUUCCACAAUCUCCUUUUGUAUUUCCCCAUCCUCUGGAUCGCCGCGAUAGUUGGAAUCAUUGUUUAUAUCUCUCUACAAGCAUUAUCUUCGCCUUCUUCGCUAACCGUCCAAAGUGUCUCUCAAUUCUUCUUUGUAACCUCUCCUCCUCCUCUUCCUUCUCCUUCAUGUCAGGAAAAUGGGCUCGAAAUGUUUCUGAAGCCACCGAAGAACAUCAUGCACGAUAUGGAAGACAAUGAGCUUCUGUGGAGAGCUUCAAUGGAUCCUAAGAUCAGGGGUUACCCUUAUCCUAGAAUCCCAAAGGUUGCUUUCAUGUUCUUGACUUGGGGACCUUUACCUUUGGCUCCUCUAUGGGAAAGGUUCUUUCGUGGGCAUGAAGGUCUUUUCACUAUCUACGUUCACACCAAUUCGUCUUACGACGAGUUCAUGCCCCAAGGCUCUGUGUUUUAUGGCCGCCGUAUUCCAAGCAAGAGAGUGGAUUGGGGAAACGCAAACAUGGUAGAGGCAGAACGAAGGUUACUAGCAAACGCUUUAUUAGACAUCAACAACGAACGUUUCAUUCUUCUCUCCGAAUCAUGCAUCCCUCUCUUCAACUUCACCACAAUUUACUCUUUCCUCAUCGACUCCACUCAAAGCCACGUCGACUCCUACGACCUCCCCAUUGGUCGCGUCCGCUACGACCGCCGCAUGUAUCCUCACAUCCACAUGCAUCACUGGCGCAAAGGCUCUCAGUGGUUCGAGCUAGACCGAGCCAUGGCCCUAGAGGUCGUCUCUGAUACGUUCUACUGGCCAAUCUUCAAAGCUUACUCUCGCUGCCCCGACGAGCACUAUAUCCCGACGUUAUUCAACAUGAGGCCGAGGCUCGGGUCGCGUAACGCCAACAUGACGCUUACUUGGACUGACUGGAGCCAGCGUAGGGCUCACCCGAGAUUGUUUGGUGAGUGGGAGAUUAAUGUGGAGUUCUUGAAGUGGCUAAGGAUGAAGAGUGUUGGUGAUUGCGAGAAAAAUGGAGAAAAUAAGAUGAGACUUUGCUUUCUUUUCGCUCGCAAGUUUUCGUCGACUGCUUUGGAUAAAUUACUCCGGUUAGCAUCUACCGUCAUGUAUUUCUAAUCACUCUCUCUCUUCAUCAUUUUUUUUUGUUAUAGGUGUGCAAUUUUUCUUGGAUAUGUAACAUAAUAAAUUAAAAUAGUUAUU